AUGGAGGCAAUUGAGGACGACUGUAGUUGCAGGCUCACGUCAUUAGUAGACAUUGAAGUCACCUAUGUAGAAGCCUCACACGUUUUCAGUUCGUCAUAUCUCCGUGUUAAGACACAUCAGAUCUCGAUAUUGGCAGCCAAAAUGGAAAAAAAAAACAAAUUGAAGACGAACAGUUACUUGAAUGCAUUUGAUUUGGCUCCUCCUUCAUCGCUUUAUGCAUUCGAUGUCCACUCAUAUUUUUUUAUUCCAAUUUCACCACUGACCACCCUUGCUAAUUUCAUUUUAGUAGCUUCGACUUUGCAGUUGUGGGCCACAGAUGAAGAUACUCCUUUUUCCUUGUCAAUUGACAUCUUGGCAGUGGUGAAAGGUGAAGAGAGGAAUCAAAUUUAUUUUCAUUCAAUUGUUCAUGUUGUUACACUUAGAGUAAGGAAUGAAGAACUUAUUAUUUGGAUUUACCCUAUUCGGGAUGAAAGGUGUUGGCGCAGGCCCUCAAAUGGUUUUUUUCAAGUGGUUUUUCAAGAACUAUAA